AUGACACCUGAAGAAGACCAGUUUUAUUUAAAGUUAAAUCAAGUCACUGUACCUAGUGAAGAGGAAAUAAAAAGAAUAUUUGAAAUAAACGAUCAAGAAGAACAAAAGAAUAUAUAUGAAAAGGCCCUCGAGAAGAUUCUAGAAGUGAUUCAAAUUGGACAUGUGUUGGCAUUUGAAGUAGAAGAGAAUGUAAAAUUAGAAAAUGAUUCUGUAAAGAGUAUUGAACCUGUAGAAGCCAAACUGGAAGAAAUUUCCAAUGUUAUUGAAUUAUUGAUCGAAUUAAACGAGAUCAUUCCAGGUUAUCGACUUGAGUGUGUCAAGAUACAAUCAGAACACUCUGGCCUUCAACACUUUAUAAAAUCCAUCAAGGAACUUCAACUUGACCUAAGUUCAAGAUUUGAAUUGCAGCAACGGAUGGAAUCGAUCCUCUUGAGCAUCGAUCAGCUCUCUCUUCUUAUUUUUCAGUUUCAAGAACAGAGACAAAAGGGCUAUACCCUCGAGACCCUGCUGAUUGAAAUUGAUAAUCAAGUCGGUCCUCUCUUUAGUCAAGUCGAACAAGUGUAUCAUCAAACCUACACGGACGAGAACUUGGUCAGGAAGAACGCCAUGAUUCAAGAGAAAUGGGAAAACUUGCGCCUGGAAAUCGAUGAUCUCAAGAUGGAGCUCAAAGAAGACCGUUGGUUGGCCGUGUUCAAGCAGGUGGCUGAUCAGGUGGAAGACAUGAUGAAUGGCCUAGAAAAGACGGUGGCUCAAUGCUACCAUUUCAUCACUCGAACCCCUCAAUCGACCUGUUCGACAUCGUCCAAUGACAGUAAUUCGUCUUCAAGUACGGACAAGCUGCGUUCACUCGAGAAAAACUUUGAAGCCAAGUUUAAGUACUACACACCUUCGAUUGAUAAGAUGCUGACUAUGCUCGGAAAUGGUAUCGCAGCCAGAGUCUCCAAGGACUCGGUCACAAUCAAGCGACACGAGGCCAUGAUCCAUCGUUGGGAUCAACUCAAGAUGACGAUGGACCAGUUACGAAAACGAGACCUUUUUUGGGAUCGUCCGAUGAGUCCGGCAAGGUCGUGUUCAAGACUGAGUGCAGAAUCCAGUUCGUUCAAGAGCCCUGAACCUGAUUUCUAUAUUCGAUCCAGGAGCCCUCUGUUCACGCCCGAGCGAAGUGGGACACCGAAACUGAUGGAACGAAGUGGCACGCCUAGCAAGUUUGAAAGAGGUGGUACACCGAGCAAAUUGGAAAGAGUUGGUACACCAAGCAAGUUUGAAAGAAGAGAUAAAUGGCUCGUUGAUAGAACGACCAAGAUCGACAGGAGUGCGACACCUAUCGAAAGAAGUGCGACACCUAAUAAAUAUAAUUUUGAAACAAGUGCCACAACAACAACAACAAUUAAAAGAAGUGCAACACCUAAUCGAAGUGCUACACCAAGUAGUCGUUAUCGUGAAGAUAAUAGAUCACCGCCCAGACCACAGAGUAUGAUGACGAUGCGACGAGCGGUGACACCUAGUCUGAUACCUAGACCUAAAACCCCACAUGAGAUACCAAGACCAAAAUCAGUGAUGACAAGAAAAGUAGUAGUAGAAGAUUCAAGAUCGAAUAAAAAGAUAUUAACUGAAUCCAAUAGAAGCAAAUCAUAUUAUAAACCAGACCCCAAAGAUGAAUUAGAUGUACAGAUAUCUACCAUUAUCAAUUCUAGUCCAGUCACUAUACACUGUCAAAAAUCACCACAAGGACAAGGAAAAUAUUACUUUGGCAAUGAACUCUUACCUUCUCUUGGUGGAGGCAAAAAAGUCUACACUUGUAAAUUGAUGGCGUAUAGAAAUAAGAAGAAUAAAGUGUUGAUUAGAGUUGGCGGUGGUUGGCAAGAUUUAGAAAUCUUUUUAUUGGAACACAUGAACUUGAUGGGUAACUAA